AUGAAAUAAGAAGAAGUGAAAGAUCUAGAAGGCUCACUGAGAAGGGACAAGAACUCGAAGAGACUAAACUCAAAGGUCUCCAACAUCGUUUCUCACGUACCUAUGACAAGUGGAAGAUUCUUGCUAAGAAAUCAAGGAAGGAGAUAGAGGGAGCCUCUUCUCAAGAGAACCUACAAACUCUCAUCAACAAGAUAAAAGAAGCAUCAAAUGAUGUACAGCAGGCGUACGAAGACCUGCGCAAAUGCAUAAUCCCUGAUAAAGAGACACGCCGUCGAACAGACACCUGCGACACUGUCUCAAGGCAGAUAUUAGAGCAUGCUUGGAACCAUCUCCAAGACAAAGAUAACGAGCAAGAAAUAGAGUGGUUUGAGACUGGCUCUGUGUUCUCAUUAGAAGUAUCAGAAGCAUGCAGUGCAAGCUCAAGAUCAUCACUCUCAAGUAGAUCCUCAUGUAAAUCUUCAAAAAUAAGUGAAGCUGCAGCAGAAUUAGCAGCAAAUGAAGCCACUUUGGAAGUCCAAGAGCAAGUGGAGCGUGAGGAACGUGAACUCAGAAACCUAGAAGCUGAGUACAGACAAAGGCUUGCACAACAAGAAGAAGAAUGUGCUGCAAAUAAACAGGUCUUGGAAGAAAAGCGCAGAAAGAUAGAACGCUUAGAGACCAUAAAAAAGAUGAAUGCCGCCAAGGCCAAACUAGAAGUGUAUAAACAAGAACAAGGCUCAACCUCAGACUUGCUGGAUCUAUUCAAGGAUUAUAAGCCCAAACGAGAAAGGCUUACAUUCGACUCAAAACCUGCUGUCACGCCACAACUAAUCACAAGGAUGCAAUCUUCUAUAACUACUCCCAAAGAGGAUAGCACAACUGAUUUCGCCAAGGUACUAGCAGAGUCCUUCAGUGUAAGCCGUCUCCCAGCACCAGAGCCUGCUGUUUUCAGUGGAAAUCCACUAAAGUACAAGGGCUGGAAAAUGUCCUUUCAAACGCUGAUAGGCAGAAAGAAUAUACCAGCGAAUGAAAAAAUCUACUACCUACAAAAAUAUGUUGGUGGACCAGCAAGGAAAGCCAUUGAGGGAUACUUCCUUCUGGGAACAGAUGCAGCCUAUCAGGCAGCGCUCGAUGUCCUGGAAAAAAGAUAUGGAAGCUCCUUUAUGGUUGCUAAGGCUUUCAGAGAUAAGCUGGCCUCAUGGCCAAACAUAGGACCCAAGGAAAGCAUUCAGCUACGAGAGUUCUCAGACUUCCUUCAAGGCUGUCAAGCAGCCAUGUCGCAAAUAAAGAGCCUGGAGGUCCUUAACGACUGUGGUGAAAACCAACGAAUGCUCUCCAAGCUCCCCGACUGGCUUACAGCAAGAUGGAACCGAAGGGUGACCAGGAUGGAAAAGGAAAAUGAGACUUUCCCCAGCUUCGAUCAGUUCGUGGAAUUCGUCACAGAGGAAGCCGAUAUAGCUUGUAAUCCGAUUACCUCCCUUCACGCUCUGAAGUCUGGAGAUGGUGGAAAGGAGAAGCCACAAAAAACACGAAGUGUUGGUGCUAAGGUGCUAGCAAGUAGCUCUGAAGAGAAAACAGAUGCUAAAGGAUGUGUAUUCUGUGAGAAGUCAAAUCAUGGCUUACAGACAUGUCGAAAGUUCUUGAAAGAGACAACUGCAGAACGAGUCAAGUUUGUGAAAACAAACAAGCUCUGCUUUGGAUGUUUGAAAUCAGGACAUCAGUCCAAGAACUGUGAGAAGAGAAGCAUUUGUGAGACAUGCAAAAGGAAGCAUCCAACAUGUCUACAUGAAAAUCGUCCAAGGGAAGACGAUAGGAAAGAACAAGAGGAUGGCGAAAGAAAGGAGAGUGGGAGACGCUUUAAGAAAAAGGAAGACUUAUCAGAGUCUGAAGAGAAAGAAGAGACACCAGUAGAGGCAACAGCUAACAGAGUGGUGCAAGACAAGAGGAGCACCUAUUCCUCCACAGUUGUUCCUGUAUGGCUGUCCACAGCAAGUAAUCCAGAGCAGGAAGUGCUCGUAUACGCUCUAUUGGACAACCAAAGCGACACCACCUUCAUCCUGCAAGAAACGGCAGAAGUGUUAGUUACAGAGAAACAGCCUGUGCAAUUAAAGCUCUCCACGAUGUCAUCCAAAGAUACCGUCAUCCAGAGUCAGAAGUUAACUGGACUGCAGGUCAGAGGUUAUAAUGAGACAAGGAAAAUAUCUCUCCCAGUAACCUACACAAGAGAGUUUAUUCCUGCAAACCUAAGUCAUGUCCCCAUACCUGAGACAGCAAGAUCAUGGCCUCACCUAGAGCACCUUGCUGGAGAGAUCACUCCUUUAUGUGACUGUGAGAUUGGCCUGCUCAUAGGCUACAACUGUUCUCAGGCCCUGUUGCCCAGAGAAGUGGUGUCAGGAAAGGAUAAUGAGCCUUUCGCUCAACGAACAGACUUGGGCUGGAGUAUAGUUGGCUGUGCAGAUCCCUGCGUCGAUUAUGGAGAUGCAAUUGGAAGCAGCCACAGGAUCGUUGUGAAACAAGUCAUCACACCACCAGAAGUCAUUAAGGCACUCGAAUCAGACUUCAACGAAAGAAUAGCCGAAGAUGCUCAUAUCUCACAGGAAGAUCUACGUUUUCUAUCCAUAAUGGAGGAAGGAAUCAAAGCGAAGCCAGACGGACGUUGCGAAAUGCCUCUCCCAUUUAAAGAAGAAAGGCCAAGCCUGCCACAGAACAGAAUCUGUGCAGAUCACCGUCUCAAGUGUCUCAGAAAGAGAUUGGAGAGGGACGAGCAAUAUCGGAAGGACUACAAGACCUUCAUGAGUGAGAUGAUUGCACGCGGAGAUGCAGAGAAAGUCACAGAAGAACUUCCCAGCGGAGACAUCAAGGUGGGAGAGAUGUUAGCAGAAGACACUGAAGUUCUAAAGGCCUUCGUGGGCAAGACCUUGACGACGGAAGACUCACUGCUUGAUCGCUUCCAGAAGUUCUCCAGCUGGAUGAUGUUAGUCAAAGCCAUCGCUAGACUCAAACGACGUGUCAAAGAGCUCAAGGGUCUGACAGAAAGAAUCAAUGAAGCCACGAGUCUCGAAGAAAGAAAAGAAGCAGAAAUCAAGAUCAAUGACAUAGUGAUUAUAAAGGAUGAAAAUACACCAAGAAAUGAAUGGAAGCUGGCUAAGGUCACACAAGUGUACCCAAGUGAAGAUGGUCAUGUGAGGAAGAUACAGUUAUUGAUCAGCGACUCAGAACUAAAUGACACUGGAAAACGAGUCAACAAGCAAACCUACCUGGAGAGACCUAUACAUAAGACUGUGACCUUGCUUGAAGCAGGAUGAGAGCCUCCAGUCUACCCUCUCUAGAGCUCCCCUCCCUAGCGCCACCUAGCUUAUGACCUAAUCCUUAGUUAUAGUUACCUUAAUUAUACUUACCUCAGUUAUACUUGCCCCUUUUUCUCUUAGUCCUACUCAUCUCAGAUAGUUGAAGAAAAUCACAAGUGAUUUGGUGGGAGUGUAGCUGCCAUAAGAAAAUGCACUGAUAUGUAACGUUUUGAGCUAAGCUCUGUUUCCAAGUGGGAACCAAUUUUUGUUUUUGUGUUAGCGGUUCCUUUUUUGUGAGUUACACAAGGGCGAGUGUGUCUGAUUUUGAGCCACCGGGUGGCGACGUUUUCCGUUUUGUAUAAGCAAGUGAUGAAGAAGGCAAGGAAUGCUUAUUUAGUUUCCUUUCUGAUAGCAUUUUUGUUUAUUGGUGAAACCGGAGUUUUGAAGACCUGUAUUGUCAAGAUUUACGUUUUUCUUCGUUUUCUCCCUCGAGCAAAUGCGGCAAUGAGGUAAUCCUUAGCUGUUAGCCAUGAUGUUAGCCAUGCUAUGUUAUGUUAGCAAGAACAUGACGAAUGUGUUUUAAGUGCAUGAGCAGAUUUAAGUUAUUUUGUGUGUAACGUUUAUUGUUCUCUGUGAGAACGUUUUAUGUUAAUAGUCUUUAUGUCUUUUAGUUCUCACGGCAUGUGUGUGGAGAAGGAGUUUAAUAAAUGCCCGUUUUGAAGAACUGCUUGUACGCCUGAUUGACAAGAGGGA